AUGAAUAUGUCUUGGCUUCUGGUAGUGAUUUUCUGGCAUGGGCUUUUCAUUGGCACUGGCGCCAAGGGUGUUCGUGUCUCUACAAGACCGAAUGUUAUUAAUAUUGGCGCUAUUCUCUCUUUCAAUUCUUCCAUUGGGAAAGUGGCAAAAGUUGCCAUAGAAGCUGCAGUCGAAGAUGUGAAUUCAAAUCCAACGGUUCUAAAUGGAACUAAACUGAAACUUGCCAUGCAAGAUACAAAAGAAUCUAGCGGAUUUCUGGGACUCGUUGAAGCUUUGCGGUUUAUGGAGAAUGAUACAGUGGCCAUAGUUGGUCCCCAACAGUCAGUUUUGGCGCAUGUAGUUUCUCAUAUUGCGAAUGAGCUUCACGUCCCCCUAUUAUCUUUUGCAGCAACAGAUCCCGCCCUGAGUUCACUCCAGUUCCCUUACUUUGUUAGGACAACGCAGAGCGACCUCUUUCAGAUGUCUGCUGUAGCAGAGAUCGUAGGCUACUACGAAUGGAGAGAUGUAAUAGUAAUCUAUAUUGAUGAUGAGCAUGGCAGAAAUGGGUUUGCUGCAUUAAGUGACAAGCUCGCUGAUAAACGUUGUAAAAUCUCGUACAAAGCACCUAUGAGCCCUAAAGUAGGCCCGAAUGAAAUCUCCGAGACACUGCUUAAGGUUGGGCUCAUGGAGUCUCGGGUAAUUAUCCUCCACAUAUAUGCUUCAUGGGGUCUAGAGGUAGUUGAUUUGGCAUGGAACAUGGGGAUGAUGGAAAGUGGAUAUGUGUGGAUAGCUAUUGAUUGGCUCUCGACUUUACUUGACACAGAAUCUAAUUCCCUCCCUCCAGCGGCAAGGGAUAGUAUUCAAGGGGUUCUUACCUUGCGCAUGCACACUUCGGAUUCAGAACUCAAAAGGAAAUUUGUUUCGAGAUGGAACAACUUGACAGACGGGCAUUUCGGACUAAAUGCUUAUGGUCUGUAUGCCUACGACACUGUUUGGCUUCUUGCUCAUGCACUUGAAGCAUUUCUAAAUCAGGGGGGACAUAUUUCAUUUUCAAAUGAUCCGAGAUUAGCCCAGUUCCAUGGAGGUAACUUGCAGUUUGAUAGGAUGAGCAUCUUUGAUGGAGGGCAGACGUUGCUUUCUAGCAUUUUAGAGGUGAAUAUAAGCGGUGUAACAGGCCCGAUCAAGUUCACUUCAGAUGGGAACCUCAUUGGUACUGCAUAUGAAGUCAUCAAUGUGAUUGGCACAGGGAUCAGCAGAAUUGGUUAUUGGUCCAAUUCUUCCGGCUUGUCGCAAAAGCUCAACGCACAAACAAAUCGUUCCCGUUCAAAUAAUCUAUAUGGUGUCAUCUGGCCGGGACAAACAACUCAAAAGCCGCGUGGGUGGGUAUUCUUAAACAACGGAAGGCAAUUGCGGGUUGGAGUCCCAGUCCGAAUUAAUUUUCGUGAAUUUGUUUCACGAGUAGAUGGCUCUGAUACCUUUCGUGGUUACUGCAUUGAUGUAUUUAAUGCUGCACUGACAAUAUUACCAUAUGCAGUCCCGUAUAAGUUCAUUCCAUUUGGAGAUGGACAUAUCAAUCCCGUAUUCACAGAUCUUCUGCACAAGAUCACAACGGGUGACUUCGAUGCUGCGGUUGGCGACAUUGCAAUUGCCACUGAUCGGACAAAGAUGGUGGAUUUUACGCAGCCAUAUAUUGAGACAGGGCUCGUUGUAGUGGCCCCCGUUCGAAAACUCAACUCUAGUGCUUGGGCGUUUCUGAGACCAUUUACUCCAAUGAUGUGGGGUGUCACAGGUAUAUUUUUUCUUGCUGUCGGAGUAGUUGUUUGGAUUUUGGAGCGUAGGACAAACGAUGAUUUCCAGGGCCCUCCUAGAAAACAGAUUGCCACGAUCAUUUGGUUUAGCUUUGCAACUUUGUUUACUGCUCAUAGAGAAAAGACUGAGAGUGGCCUUGGUCGCAUGGUGCUUCUAAUAUGGCUUUUUGUAGUUCUAAUACUCAAUUCCAAUUACAUUGCAAGUUUGACCUCAAUCCUCACAGUCCAACAGCUUUCUUACUCUGUCAAAGGGAUUGAAAGUUUGACAAGCAGCAAUGAUCCCAUUGGUUACCAGCGCGGUUCAUCAGCUGAAAAUUAUUUAAUCGACGAGCUCAACAUACAUAAGUCCAGACUUGUUCCUCUUGACUCGGAAGAAGAAUUUGAGACAGCCUUGAACAAUGGCCCCAAGAAGGGUGGUGUUGCUGCUGUGGUUGAAAAGCGAGCACAUAUGGAGCUCUUCCUCGCUACCAGAUGUGAAUUUGGUAUAGUAGGUCAAGAGUUCACCAAAAUGGGAUGGGGUUUUGCUUUUCAACGGGAGUCACCCCUAGCAGUUGACAUGUCACCCCUAGCAGUUGACAUGUCAACCGCCAUCUUAAAGUUGUCAGAGAGUGGGGAAUUACAAAAGAUUCAUGACAAGUGGCUUUCAAGAAAAGCUUGCAGCUCAGAAGGCACAAAGCAAAACAUAGAUCGCCUCCCGCUUAAAAGUUUCUGGGGGCUCUUUUUACUGUGUGGCUCAGCUUGCUUUGCUGCUCUCUUUUUGUAUGUUAUUAAGAUGGUUCAUCUGUACAUGAGGCAUUCUGGCCGGAGCUCGCAAUCAUUUCUCUCAUUUGUUAAAGAAAAGGAAAAGGAUGUUCAUAAAAUCCAAGACCCAGAAAAAAUGAGAAAGCGAAGGAAGAGGCCAGGGUAUCAAAUGGAAGAGUCCAUGAAGAUGAAUUUGUAA